CGAAGAAUGAUCUCGAUACGUCUCUGUAUAGUUGGACCUGCUCAAGGUCGUAAUCUAUGCAAUUUCGUUAUCUGUGUGUCGGCUUCAUCCUGUCUCAUUUUUAACAAUUUGGUGAAGGUUGAACGUAACAGCAACACAUAUGAGAACAUGGUCCAGGGGAGUUCCCGUUAAAUAAAGCGUUCGAUUCCAUCAGUUUUAUCCGCGUCCUCUGAAGUUAUGGAGUCUGACGAGAUAGAGCAAGAUGUACGCGGCCUAAUUCAUCAGCUCAUGGUAGAGGAACACGUGGAAAACUAUGACGUACACUUCGAUGGUAAAUCGGAGGCUGGGGAUAACUACGCUGGCGAAAUACUGUUCUUGAGGGUGGUACCGAAAGACGGCAAGAAACCUUACAGUUUGGUCGCCAAAACCGCCAAGAGGUCCAAGGAAUUGAACAAGUGGAUGCCAAUCAACAUGGUCUACGACAGAGAGGUCCUAGUCUACGCCAAAAUCUUCCCCACCUUCAGGAGACUCAUCGAAGAAACGAACGCUGGUUUGAACUUCGAUUUCGUGCCAAAAGUGUACUGGAUAAGCGACGUGGUCUCGAAGCAGACCCUGAUCUUCGAGAAUCUCAAGAGCAGAGGCUUCAGGCUUCACGACAGGAAGAAACCGUGGAACCUGGAGGAAUCUCUGAUGGCCAUGGAACGCUACGGUGAAUUCCACGCCCUCUCCAUGGCCCUGAGGGACCAAAAACCGGAGGAAUACAGUAAAUUGGCUGCGUUGAUGCCUGAUAUUGCCAAAGAGUUCAAUAAAAACAUGGAUGUUAGGGCUUUCGUUGAACCUCCCCUCAACAGUAUGAUGGAGCUGUUGAGGAAUAGGGGGAGAGACGAUUUGGUGAAGAAAUACGAGGGUUUUAUCGAGGAAGUGGAGGAUCUUAUGAACCAUGAAGUGGAGAAUGAGAGUGAUAAGAUUGUGUUUGGCCACGCUGAUUGCUGGAACAACAAUUUUAUGUUCAAAUACCAGGAUGACGAUGAGUCUAAACCGACAGCCAUCUGUCUCUUAGACUUUCAGCUAUGCCUUUCCUGUUCUCCUGUGCAGGAUUUGAGCUACAACAUCUACACCACUUGCGAUAAGACAUGCCUGGAUCAUUUCGAUGAGCUCCUGGUGACUUACCACGCAUCUUUAUCCAGAUGUCUUCGAAAAUUAGGGAGCGAACCUGAUGAUAUUUUCACCUUUGAACAAUUGAAGAAGCACUGGUGCAAAUAUGGCAAGUUUGGGUUGAUCACCGCUCUCUUGGUCUUGAAAAUAUGUUUGGUAGAUACGGAAGAUGUUCCAAAUUUCACUGACAUCUCCAAGAAUGCUGAUAACGUUCAAGAAUUUUCAGAAGCGCUGAAUAUUCAAGUGAAGAAUCCUGAGGAGUACAACAGGAGGCUUCUGGAUGUGUUUGUUCAUUUCGGAGAUAAUUUUCUCUGAGGAAAUUAUUUUGAGAGUGAUGUUCUUCAUCGAAAAGUGGCAGUUUUUCUGGGAAUUGAAGACUGACUCGUUUCAACUCCAAGUUUCCAUUUUGAUCAGAGAAAAUGUUGGGGUACAUUGCAGUAUUUAUCUAUUGACCACUAUGAUUAAUGUUAGGUAUCAGAAAAUUUUAUUAACAAUGUAUAGGUGAAGAAUAAUCAAAGUUAAAUACCUACAGGAAACUAUUCGUGAGUUAUACACAAUAUUAAUAGUGAAGGAAUAAAGAAAUCUUAAAUA